GAAACGUCACUGAGCAAAAGCAGUCUGGUUUGUGAAUGAAGUGUAACGAAGAAAAAUUAAUGUUAUAAUGUUGGCUACAAUAACUAGAACUAGUUACAAUGUGCGAAGAAGCUGGUGACGAGAUAGCUGCAUUGUCUGCUAUAUACUGUGGAGAGGACGAGUUUGAAUUGUUAGAAGACUCAGCUGAUAAUGGAUUUGUGUUCCGCGUAAAACUCUUGGUGCAGGGCACGCCUCUAGUUUUAACUUUCCAUUUGCCCCGAGAUUAUCCACUGCAGUGUCUACCAAACAUCAGUGUUGGUUCAGAGCACUUAUCCCGACAACAGUGCCAAGCGAUAAAGGAGAAAAUGAUGGAGAAAGCAUCGGAAUUACAGCCAGAGCCAAUGAUACACGACUUGCUGUCAUGGCUUGUUGAUAACUUCUCCGUCUUUAUCACUGCUCCAACACCCUCAGUGCAAUCAUCACAACAAGACGACCAAAACACAUGGGUUGCACUACUGCAUUUAGACCACAUGAGGGCGAAAAACAAAUACAUUAAAACCAUAGAGAAAUUUACCUCAGAUUUGGAAUUAACAGGAAGACUGUUUAUGGGAAGAGUCAUCUUAAUCCUUUUGCAAGGUGCAAAAGAAAACAUUAAGGAGUAUAUGCACCUACAGAAAACUUCAAAGGUGGAUGUUGAUUCAUCGGGUAGAAGAUGCAAAGAGAAGAUGAUGAGUGUUCUCCAUGAAGCUCCUCUCUCAGACGCCCUCCACCAGCUCAGGAUACCCAGAUUUGAAGUAAAGGAGUGUUCAACACUUGAAGACCUGAGGGAAGAAUUUCAAGCCAUUGGUUUCAUCCAGUUGUAUGAGGAGUUUGUGCCUUCAUUGUUGUAAAACACCACAUAUCACCACAUUGUCAUCGUUUACAUGAUGUUUUUAAUGAAUUAAUUCAGAAUUAAAUUGUUCCAUCGCGUUUCUGUCGAAUUUUGAUUUAAUUCAGAAUUGGAUGACGAGCACAUAUCAACGUUCUAUUCAAGAACAAAGAACCACAAACUGUCACAAACUUUUCCUUCCUUACAUACGUCUUAAUAAGUUUUAUUUGUAAAUCACACCGGGUCCUCAACAUUUGUUUACAUGUGUGACAGGAAAGAAUAGGUGCAGUGCUCUGCUCUCAUCACAGUCUCUCAGAAAAAAAAAUACUAUGUAAAAAAAAUAA